GCGUGAAAACCUAAGAAACAAAUACGGAACCAUUUUUUUUAUUACGAGAAGAACUUAUCAACAUCGUUACGUCCUUGUUAGAAUAGUUAUUUGAACAGCAUAAUUUGAUAAUAAUACUUAUCACAACAUUUCUUAUAUCUAAUCAUUCUCCAGCUUUGGGGCCUUAAAAAGGUUUUGUUUUAGGUUUACCAAAAAAUUAACCAUGUCAUUCUACUGUUAUACUUAAUUUACCACAUGGAAAUUUAGUUUAUCAUUAAGUUUUUGAUAGACAAGUAGUAAAGUGAGUUAAGAAAAAUGUCUGCUGAGAAAAAUGACGAAACCAAAUUUGAAGCAAAUAAUUAUGCUAAAGUGGACAUAAUAAAGAAUUAUGGAUGGGGUAUCCGGCACCUACAAAUAGCUUGUAUGACCCUCAACCUAAUGUGUUUGAUCAUAGCUCGAGCCAGCAUGGGCAUAGCAGUGCUAGCUAUGUCCAACACGCAGCAAAAGAAUACAACAGACAUAGAAGUAUAUGAUUGGGAUAAAAAUACACAGAGUCUCAUUUUGUCCUCUUUCUUCUGGGGCUACGUGGUGAUGCAGAUACCGUCUGGUAUUCUGGCCAAAAAAUUUGGUGGAAAACCUAUCCUGCUGAUGUCCAUAUUAUCGAAUGCCUUAGUAUGUGUUUUAGUGCCAACGUUGGCGGCGUGGGGAGAUUGGAAGUUGGUGUGCGCAGCUAGGAUUGUCAUGGGUCUGACUCAAGCGUGCCUGUUUUCUUCAACCCAAACAUUGCUUGGGCAGUGGUUGCCAGCUAAUGAAAGGACCACUUAUACAGGCAUUGUAUACGGAGGAAUACAAUGUGGCACCAUUAUAGCCAUGCCUUUAUGCGGCUACCUCGCUGAGACUUCAAUGGGAUGGAAGCUUAUAUUUUACGUGAUAUCUGGUAUUCUAUUGGUGGACUUGGCAAUUUGGCACUUUUUCGGAGCUAAUUGCCCAAGAGAGCAUCGCUGGAUUAGUGGAGAAGAAAGAAAGUACAUUGAAGCUGGCCUUAAUGUUUCAGGAUCUAAAUAUCCUACACCGUGGAAGCACAUUCUGAGAUCGAAGCCAGUGUGGGCGCUGCUCGCGCCGCAAUGUGGAUUCUUGAUCAGCUUCGUGUUCCUAUUUGUCGACAUGCCGACUUAUUUGGAAAAAGGGCUAGGGAUUUCCUUAAAAAAUAGUGCUCUGCUAUCAGCGUUACCAUACGUCGGCAUGUGGUUCGGCAACAGCUUCUCGGCUUACUUAUGCGAAAAGAUCUACAACAGGGGCUUGUUAAAUUUGACCGCUUGCAGGAAAAUAUUCCAAUCUAUAUCACUAUUCGGCAUCGCUAUCGCGCUGGUAGUUCUAUCCUUCUUGGGUCCCGAAAAUAAAACAUUCGCUGUGGCCGCACUGAUUGCUUGUAUGACUAUGCAUGGGUUUAGCACGGCUGGUUUUGUCGUCAACCAAUUGGAUUUGUCCCCGAACUUCGCUGGAGUCAUAAUGUGUCUUCUAAAUUUCGUCGCCAAUUUGGGAUGUUCGGUCACACCAAUAGUGACAAGCAAGAUUUUAAGGAAUGAUUCGUCUGACGUUAGCCGCUGGCGGAUCGUGUUCCUACUGAUGGCAGCCAUAUGCGCCACUGCUAACGUGAUCUACCUCGUCCUCGCAUCCAGUGAGAGGCAGCCAUGGGACGACCCUAACUAUCUCAACAAGAGUAUUGCUGACGCAGAGGAAUUAAAACCGGUGCUGAUCAAUGGACAAAAACACAACGAAGAUAAGGAUAAAACUGAAGUCAAGCCAAAAUAAUACUAACUAUGAAGACUGUAAAAUGUUUAUUUAUAUUGUGGAAUUACAUACAAUUUUAUACUUUAGCGUGUUUUAGUUAAAAUGUUAGAUUUCUCUUAAUAUUAAAUGUGGUAGAAUUUAAUUAUUUUAUAAUAGCCCCUUUACAACCUAAUUACUACUCCAAUAAUAAACAUAAAAAUAUGGUUUAAUAAUAAUAAAAAUAAUAAAUAUAUGUCUUUAUUCAAAUAAGGUCAUACAUUGCAUAAUAAUACUAAUAACAAUAUAAAGUACAAAAUAAUGGAUGCCUGAACUAGGUUACAGUUAAAAUUGUACCUGUAUUUCAGGCUUUUAUGAUCUAAAUAAUAUAUUGAAUGAUUAAUAAAUUAACAAAUUAACUAAAACAGAACUUAAAGUAAUCAUUGUAUAAAUGUUGGUAAAUGUAAAUUAUGGAGGUUUUAUUUUAUUUUAAGCAUUU